AGCCGCUUGGCCCCCGCGAGCGCCCAGCCCCGCCGCCGCGCGGCUCCCGCCGCUCUGGCCGCACGCCGCCGCGCGCCCGGGCCCGAGAGGGGGGGCCAUGCAGGCGCAGUGGAUGCAGUACGGCGCCGCGUGUUCCAUGGUGCCUGUGCCAACCGUCGCCGGGAUGCCAGCCGGUGACUAUGGGCAGAGCCUCGGGUGUUGCUCGCAGGCCGCCGGCUGCAGCGGCGGCUUCGCCACGGCGCCCCGACAAGUGAGCGCCAGCAGCGGCUGCGCCCCCGCGGCAAGGCAGUGGGCCGCAGGCAACCAGGUUUUUUUGGCCGCCGCGGUGGCCGCCGCAGAUGCCUGCCAGCGGCUGCAGCAGCAGCAGCAGCAGCACGCCAGCCUGGCGCGGGCGAUGGCCCAGUCUGUGGACUGCUCGCCCUCCUCGGGCUGGCCCACGGCGGCCAUGCUCGCUGCGGCGCCAGCCGAGGCUACGAGCGUCACCGCCAUCGGGGCGCUUCCCAACUGCAGCCUGUACGGCUGCGCCGGGGACGCCGUUGCCUUGGGACCAGGCUACGGCUGCGGCGUGGGAUUCCCCACGCCGGCGCCGUCCCAGGCGCCCCCGCCGCCCCCGGCGAGGCCCGCGGUGCCCGCGGGCCUGUCCUUCGGGGAGCUGGAGGCGCGCCUGAGCCGCAGCUGGGAGAGCUGGGCCAACACCGCGGAGGCGA